AUGAUAAAAUUUUCUUCCCUUCAUAUUUAUUGCUCUUUCUUUUGCUUUAAGGUUGAUGUUGGUAAAUCACCACUUGCAAUGUUGGCAAAAACAUGCGAAACAAUUGGAUUACCAGACACACCGAGUCGUAAAGACAAGAUGAAAGAUAACAACAACAGCAGUCAUAGUCCAAGUACCAGUUCCACAUCUGGUGAAUCCAAAAAGGACGAACUAAGUCCAUUGCAGAAGAAGAAAGAAGAUUCAAAGAGUCCGCGGACUACCACACACAGUCCGAAAACACCGAUUACCUCGGAACCGUCGACCAGUACCCGUGCCAAUUUUUUUCCAAUGGCAUUCCCACCGCUGGGCAGCAGUUUUCCAAUGUUUCAAUAUCCGCCGAUGAUGCCAAGCUUUUCGGCGAUACCCACAUUUCCCAGCGGUUUUCCAACAGCACCAUCACCAACCUCCUAUUUACGUUGUGCGGAUCCAACCUGUAAAGGUUGUCCUCCGGUCAGUACACCGGCUGAUAUGAUAACAGCUUUUUCGUCGCCGUUUUUUACUUCCUACAACCCGCUGAUGGCAGCUGGUGCGGUGACAUUACCCCCGACAUCAAGGUUGGCAUUUUUUGAUUCCUCUUCAUUUUCCAAUCAAUCGCAACUAGCUUAUCAAAACCUAAUGGCUGCUGCUGCAUCCAGUCAAACGUCGAAACACAUUUGUAAUUGGCCUGACACAACUGGAAUCUGUGGAAAAACAUUCAACAGUGCUGAUGAAUUAGCUUCACACAUGAAAGUAAGUGUUAAGUUUUUAUCUCUUCUUUUUUUUUUCUUCUCCUUCACUCGUUUAUCUAUCAUUUAA